AUGUUCGCCCGCCGCCCGCGCUCGCGGCUCUCGCGAGACCCGGCGCUUCAAAGGGCGAUGGCUCCGGGCGCCGCCGCCGCCGCCGCCCUCAGCCUCUCCCCGCACGGCUCCCUGCAGAACGGCUCCCGCUGGGCGCUCUCCUUCGACAUGUCCUCCCUGUCCAGCAGCCAGGAGGUGAGUCUGGCCCAGCUCCGCAUCCGCCCGCCCGGGCUCUCCCACUCCCACAACGUCUCCCUGGACAUCUACCACAGCCAGCGGCGCAGGUGCCGGGGCCACGGGACCUGCACCCACCAGCUCUUCCUGGGCACCGUGGCCGGCAGCCCCUCUGCCACCCAGGCCUCCUGGGAAGUCUUCGAGGUCACCAACCUGCUCCGGUCCUGGCUGCACCAAGCCGUGGUCCCCGGGCACCACAGUCCCAUGGGAAAGGAGCGGUGGGAGGUGAACACCUCAGAUGUCCCGGCCACCAGUGCAGUGCACUCGCCCACCCUGAGCGACGCUGGCCACUGGGAGCCAGCCCUGCCCCAGGACGUGGCAGACAGAGUCCUGCUGCUCGUCUUCUCCACGGACAAGUCUCCGGGAGACCACAGCCUCAUCAGGACAGCGGAGACCUCCAAGUACAUCAUGCGUGACAGCGGCUCCCAGGGCGAGGGGACGCGCCGGCACCGCAGGAACAGGAUGGAGAAGCAAAGGAUCAAAGCGAGCGACGCUGCUGCGGCCACGCCGCGGGAGGAGGGCAGGGCCCUGUGCAGGCGGGUGGACAUGAUGGUGGAUUUCGAGCAGACGGGCUGGGGCAGCUGGAUUGUCUACCCCAAAAAGUACAACGCCUACCGGUGCGAAGGGCUGUGCCCCUCGCCCGUGGACGAGACCUUCAAGCCCACCAACCACGCGUACAUACAGAGUUUGCUGCAGCUCUACAAGCCCAACCAGGUGCCGUGUCCCGCCUGCUCCCCAGUCAGGAUGAGUCCCCUCUCCAUGCUCUACUACGAGAAGGGCGAGAUCGUCGUCCGCCACCACGAGGACAUGAUCAUCGAGGAGUGUGGCUGCAACUGAGGCCACCUCGUCCCCCACUGGGAAGGGGCACAUUUCUGCCCAGAAGUGCCCCCAAGGACCGACCACCCGACCUACGGCCAUCGCACAGACCGGGGCAU